AUGGUGUACCAUGGCGACAAGCGGCGACGGCUUGUGGCCGUGGGCUUGAGUGCGCUCGUCGGUUCCGUGUGCAUUAUGAGCGGGUUCUUUGGACUGGACAUGGACGUCCUCCAGGUGAAUCUCGCACCCGAUGCCGUUUCCAGCGACAUCCAAGAGCAUGAAACGCCGUCGUCGCAACCUCUUCCGAAAGCGUUUGACCGACUCGUGUUGGUCGUGAUCGACGCAUUGCGAGCAGACAUGGUGCUCGGAAAUGCUGCCAUCCAUCGCAGUCAUCACUACGGAGAAGAUUUGUCGAUGUUUAUGCCGUUCACGGCGCAGUUAGCGCGACAGGACGGCACCGUCGCGUACGUGGCGCAAGCCGGCGUGCCGACGGUAACGAUGCCGCGACUAAAGGCCUUAACGACUGGCAAACAGCCCGCGUUUAUCGACGUGCUGCGCAACUUCAACUCGAAAGCGGUCGACGAUGACAACAUCAUGCAGAUGUUCUUCCACGCGGGGUACCGCAUGGUGCUGUACGGCGACGAAACGUGGCUUGCGCUAUUUCCUCAUAUUUUUCACCGACACGACGCUACGUCGGGUUUCUUCACGCGCGACACUGUCUUUGUCGACUCGAACGUGACGCGCCACCUUAACGAAGAACUUGACCCAAGGAUGGCAUCGCCAAAGAGCCGCGACUGGGACGUCCUGGUGCUGCACUACCUCGGCGUGGACCACGUGGGGCACCUCCAUGGGCCGCACUCGUCGUCCAUGCGCCACAAGCUCGGUGAAAUGGACGCGGUGCUGCAAAUGAUUCACCACGCCAUUCAAAAACAGGACGCGAUUCGGCAGCAGGAUACCACAUCAUCUCAAAAGAGCUUGCCCACGCUUCUCGUCUUGUGCAGCGACCACGGCAUGACCAAUACUGGCAAUCACGGGGGCGCAUCCGCGGAGGAAUCGUCGGCCUUACUUCUGUUUGUAUUGCCUCCAAUGCGCGAGACCGCCCCAACUGCGCAGCAUCAGCAGCAGGGCGCCGAAGCUGACGGCCCGUCGCGAGGUGAACGGAGGUCUUCGUUGUUUCGCCGCGUGUUGCAGGUGGAUCUGGUGCCGACCCUCGCCGCGUUAUUUGGCCUGCGUAUUCCCACGACCAACACGGGCAAAACUUUGCACGACGUCGUGAACGCCGCCGGCAUGAAGGAACCUGUCGAAGCGCUUCGGCGAAACUUGGACCAACUCACGAAAUCGUGGUCGCCCGCCGACCGAGCCAAGCUGUGGAAGAUGCCAGGGACGUCAUAUUCCAGCGAGGCAGGGUUGACGGAAGCACUGGAGCGUGCCCAAGCGGCAGUACUGGAGAGCGAUGGAAGCGAGUACAAUGCAGGCGCGAUCGUCGUGGGUAUUGCAUGCAUGGCGUUCGGAAUGGCCCUGUCAUUUUCGGCGUCUGGAGUCGAGAGUGUGUGGACGAGAAAGUCGUGGAGUCUUGUCGUCCUGGCUGCAGGGACCGUCAUGCAAGUGGCCAGCUAUGGCUCGAGUUCCGCCAUAGAGAAUGAGCACACGACGUGGAACUUCAUCUUGACGACGCUGUGGAUGUUUCUUGCGCUUAGGCACGUUGCUGCCAAAGACUAUCGCGACGUGCCCCUGGUUGCCCUGCUUGCCGUCACAACGCGACUCCUUCGAAGCCGCAACCAAGUGAUCAACUUUGCCCGGCUCAACGACCUUCCAUUGCUUGCCACGUUGAAGAACACGUCGGUCGGGUUUGAAUAUGAGCAGGAUGAUUCGUUGUCGGUGCUCACGACGCGGUCGCUUCUCGACGAUUUCGAGUUGCCACCAGGGUACGAGAAAAUCGGCGCCGUCGUGUGCAUCGGGCUGUAUGGGAUCUGGAAGCUGCAACAUCUCGGUGUUGCAAUGUUCUGGCACGCCUUGCUUCAAGUGGUUUUCGUUGGCGGGCUUGCUGCAGCGCUCGCGUUUGCCCUCUGCCCGACCGUCGCGGCAUUUGCCCAUGCCACGUACAUGGCCGCCGCCCUCCUACUCGUGUCGUCUUGGGGUGUGAGUACGAAGAACGCAGCAUCGACGUCCUCGUCGCAUCGGCGCUUCAUCCCCAUGGAACUGUCCGCGUGGCUGCUCGGUCUGCUCCUUCAACGCGAGUCAAAUUCGGCAGUUUUGGCGAUCCUAUGCGUACAACAAGCAUGCUCCUUUGCGUGGCAGAGGCGGCGCCGUCAUGACGACGACGUGUCCAUCGUAGCGGCUAUGUCAACACUGUGGAUGUCCAAAUGUGCGUUCUACGCCCUAGGCAACUCCCAUCUCAUGACCACGAUCGACAUCUCAAUGGCGUACACGGGGUUGACAACGUACUCUCAAGGCAUAGUUGGAUUCCUCACGUAUUUCAUUGUGAUGACGGGGCCGACGGUGGUGCUACUCGCGUCCUUUUCUGCCGGCUCAGCCGUCGACAUGCUCCCGACUUUGUGGUGCCUUGAGCUGUUGAGUUGCCUCGUGUACAGCGCGAUCAUGUAUGCAAUGCGAUUCCACUUGUUCGUGUGGAGUGUAUUUGCCCCCAAGAUGAUGUAUCACCUGGCGAUUCUUGUCUGGGACGCCGCGAUCACGGCCGUUGCGGUGGUCGUGCCAACGCGCUCGUAA